CCAUUGAUAGAGACGGAACGACAGAGAGAGAGAGACAUAGAGAGGGAGCAAUUCGGUAUACGCUGAGUGUGACAACGAGAAGAGCAAACAAUGGUAUCCCCUGAGAUGGCUAGCAUCGAAAAGUACAGGCAACAGCUCAAUGUGCUGCUCGGUGAAGUUACGCCGGAUGAGUCUCUCAUCUGUGGGAUCCUCAACUUUGUACGUGGACGGUUGAUGCCACUUGUCAUUAAAGAUAUCAACAAUAGCGUGAAGAGCUUCGGCAACAAUGAGAUCACAACGGAACAGCAAGCCCAGGUUGAUGUUGAAUUGACUGCGGAAUCGUUAGUUGAAAAAAUGUGGGUGGAAUUCUUCCAUCCAGUACUGAGGUAUUACCAAGCUCAACAUCAUCAGCUGAAAAAUCAGGAAUCCAAACAUAGGAAGAAAACAGUGGAGCUCAGGAAAGUCAACGAUAAGUUUUUGAAAGUGGCAAAGCUCUCAAGAGAUUUCUUCUUCGAUUUGAUAAAGCAAGUCCUAGAACAGCACAUGUUGGAAUUCCAGGUGCCUCAAGCCGUUUACAAGUUCUUGCGACUCAAGACUGACCCCAAUGCCAUUGAGAUUAGGAAAUCUGACCAGCAAUCCAUCAUCAAGAUGCUAUACGUUGUUCAAUUCUCAAUGCUCCAGAUUGGUGCAACAUCACGUUACAGAUCAUCGUUGUCCCAAUAUCUUAGCGAAAAGAAUAAGGAAGACUAUUCCAAGGCAUUGGAGAUGUGCCGAUACGCAGAGUUGCUCAUUCCAGCUAUAGGUGAGGCACGUAAUCAACUGGGAUUGAUUUACCAAUCUCGUGACGACACUUUCAACAUGGUUUAUGAGUUUUUGAGAUCGUCACUUGCAAGAAUCCCUUCAAAAUUCGGUGCCCUGAAUUAUAGGAAGAUGAUGGUUUAUAACUCUGUGCUCGUGGAGAAAUUGAACAAGACUAUCAUGGAGAAUAACUGCACCGAUAAGAAUAGGAAAAGGUACAUCUCUGUAUAUCUCCUUGCAAUUUUGGGGUUCCAUACACAACCUUCUUGGAAAGAUGAAGAUGGAAUCGUCUUAGUCAAUGGAAUGGAAAUUGACAUUUUGGAAAAGAAUGUGCUCAGCUAUGUGGCACAGUACGCCUCUGAAAAGAGAGAUCCAUCUUUCUUCCUGGAACAGAUUCUCAUCAUGCUCAUCGGGUCCGUCUUCACAACAUCGCCUAAAGAAUCAAUGACCUCUUUAACUUCGUUGUUGCGAUUCACAUUCAAGUACAUUGUGACCUUGGAAACCGUCUUUAUAGAACAGUGGUCGAUCAACAGAUCCAAAUCGUAUUCACUCUUACCGGUGUUUCGUAUUGUCGUCUCAUGGUUGAAGGCUCAGAAAGUUGCACUGGCAUACUCACAAAAGGCUGUUGAGUUCAUUCAAGCCUCUUGUAAAUUAUGCAAUCUGGUACUGAAAGAAUUUCCUGAUGAAUCAUUUGACAAACGUCCAAAAAGGACACAGUACUUUGAUGAGGAUGUGGAAGUCAAAGAGUUUACACCAUUGGGCCGUAUGCUGUGGGAUUUCGAUGACGAUGAAGAAAUCUUUGAUGAUCCUUCCAAAUUAAUCGGUAGAUUUGCUAAGCAUGACCAUGAAGAAGAAGCCAAUUUGAGAUUGAUCUCUGUUGUGUCUCUUUUCAAGACUUUGUUAACCGCAAGAGAAGGUAUUGAUUAUGAUGAAACGGCAAACGAGUUAACAAUUGAUUUGUCAAAGAUUGUUCGUAAGAAGGAGCCUAAACAACGCAGUGUUGCAUUGACUCCUAAAUCAACCAAUAAGAAGAACAAGAAGACGAAAAAGUCUAAGGAGCAUGAGAAGGAUAAUGUGGCGAAGGAUAAAGAAAAGACGAACAAGAAGAACAAAAAGACAAGAAAGGACAAAGAUAAGAAGUCCAACAAUCCAGGUCAAAGAAAAUCCAAACAAGGCACUGUUGAAGAUAGUUCAUCGGAUGAAGAGGAUUCCACUGAACUUGUCUAUCAUAGAAAGGAUGAUACCGUAUCAGACAAGUUCAAACCAUUGGAGAAUGUAAGACAAACCGAACAGUUUGCCAAGCCAACGCAAAUCAUUGAAACUCACAAUGACAAUCAGAACCAGAGACAGAUGGAGCACAUGGUUGAUUCUAUCGUUGAUAGUGUCAACAUUGAUUCUCCAGAUGGCGAUAAUGAUGACAAUGAUGACAGCAAUGAUGACGACUAUGACACGAAUGAAGAUGAAACUGAUGAACAAUCUAAAUCACAAGUUAUUCAGCCAUCACCUGCCAUUCAAAAUUCACAGCAUUUACCUGUCUCACAGGCAACUCCACAACACUCACAAGCUUCAUUGUUUCAACAGUACUCGCAAUACUCACAGUACCCACAGUAUUCUCAAUACCGUGAACAACCACAACUGUCACAUCCACAUCAACCACAACUACAGCAGCAGCAACAGCAAGUCUCACAUAACUUGUAUGGAAGCAUGUGGUCUGCAAGUAAUGCGCCAAUGCCAUAUAACUACCCAUACAUAGCAUCUCAACAGUUUCAGCAAGCUCAACAGCAUCAACAGCAGUAUCAACAACAGGCACAGUACUCAUUAUACAACCAGAUACCACAACAAUCCACGAUACAAGUUCCAUCAUCGUAUCCAUAUAACCAACAAAUCGCACAGCAACAUAAUCCACAGCAACAGCAACAAGAGGUGUACGGUUAUCCAUACUAUGGGAAUGUGAAUAUGACUCAAAAUACCCAUAGCUCUUUCCAGCAGCAGUGA